AUGGGCACCAAGGUGGUGGGCGUGCAGCACUACGGCGGCAUCGUGAGCGAUCGGGAGAGCGUGGUCCUGCGCCGGCAGCCGGGGGACCCGUACGACUCGAACGCGAUACAGGUCCUCAACAUCAGGAACGAGCAGAUCGGCCACGUGCCGCGCGAGGUGGCCGCCACGCUGGCGCCUGUGAUGGACCAGCUCGAGCGCAGCGGGGAGGGGGCCACCCUGCGCGUCGAGGGACACAUCCCCAGGGGCUCCAAAAACGUGUUCUCGAUGCCCCUCCAGCUGGCCGUCUACAGCCUGGAUCCCCAGGGCUCUCUCGCCCCGCGGCUGCGGCAGCUGGGCGACAGGCUGCGAUCCACCUACUGCGCCGCCGCCCGCGGCUCCGUGGAGGUCUUCGCGUCUCCCGACGCCUCGGGGACUCCGGUGAGCGAGAUCGACGGCGACACCUGGAAGAGGCUCCACGGCGCCAAGAAGAGGGGAGCGGCGGCGACAGGCCCGAGCGUUGCCGACGUCGUGGAGCGCGAGCUGGAGGCGAUCCUGAGCGCCGACGGGCGCUACGAGGACAUGGCCGAGGCCUCGGCGCCAGCCUCCCUGCGCACCGAGCUCUACCCGCACCAGCGGAAGGCCCUGCACUGGAUGGCGCAGCAGGAGCGGAGCGUGACCGUUUUCUUCUGGACGAGGGAGGGGGCUCCUGGGGGAGGCAGCGUGUACAGGAACCUGGCGACGAACUCGGCGUUCCGCGAGGCUCCCGUGCUCCCACGCGGCGGGAUACUGGCGGACGACAUGGGGCUGGGGAAGACGGUCACCGUCCUGGCCCUCCUGCUGGCAGACCCGCCCGCCCGCGGCCGCGCUGGCGGCAACCUGGUCGUCUGCCCGCUGUCCGUGCUCUUCAACUGGGUGGAGCAGGUGCGCAUGCACGCCCCGUCGCUGCGCGCGCUGGUCUACCACGGCCCGGGCCGGGACCGCGACCCGCACAGCUUCGCCAGGUACGACGUGGUCCUCACGACCUACGACACCCUGAGGGCGGAGGCCCGCGACUGCAGCGUCGGCGUGGGGGCAGUCGCCUGGCACAGGGCCGUGCUCGACGAGGCGCACACGGUGAAGAACCACCGGACGGCCACCGCGAAGGCGGCGUUCGAGAUCAUCCAGGCGGAGCGGCGGUGGUGCCUCACUGGAACGCCCAUCCAAAACUCCAUCGAGGAUGUAUACUCGCUCGCACGGUUCCUGAGGCUGGAGCCGUUCGACCGGCUGGAUUGGUUCAAUCUCGGGGUCAUUGCCCUGUUUGUGGAUCCCGACAAUCGCGUGAUCAUGCGGCCGCUGCGAUUCCAGGACCCUGUGGGCCUGGAGCGGCUGCAGAUCUUGCUAAGGACGUGGUGCCUGCGGCGAACCAAGGACAUGAGGAUCCUGGACCCCGCCUCGGGGGCGCCGCGGCCCCUGCUCCUGCUCCCCGAGAAGCGCGUCGAGGUCGCCCGCGUCCCGCUCGACGCCGCGGACCGCCGGCUCUACGACCGCCUCCUCGGUGCCGCGGGUGUCCGCGUGCGGCAGCUGCAGAGCUCGGGGGCAGCGUGGGGCGCCUCCGAGCUCGGCGAGCACUUCUCCCAGGUGCUCGCCCUGCUCACGCGGCUGCGCCAGCUGUGCUGCUCCCCGGCGCUGCUGCCGGAGGCCUUACUCGCCGAGCUCGCGGCCGACGGCGGCGACCCCCUGCGCGCAGCCGACGCCGCGGCCCGCCGGGCGCUGGGCGGCGAGCGGGUGGAGGAGCUCCUGCGCGGCCUGGCGGAGGCGCAGGAGGAUGACUGCGCCGUCUGCCUGCUGCCGGGCUGCGACGUGGCGACGCGCUGCGGCCACAUCUUCCACCGGCGCUGCAUCGAGGAGGUGGUCCUGCAGCUGGGGAGCGGGGGCGCGGCCCCGUGCCCGCUCUGCCGCCAGGCGGUGAGGCAGAAGGAGCUCCUGGAGAAGCCCCCCGCGCUGGAGGAGACCGCGUCGGCCGCCCCUGCCGCCGCAGGCGCGGCGAAGGGCGCGAAGGUGCGCGCCGUGGUGCGGUUCCUGACCGAGCAGGUCGUGGGGAGGCGGGACGCGUACCUGCAGAGGCCGCACAAGGCGGUGGUCUUCUCGCAGUUCACGGGCCUGCUGGACCUUGCCCAGGCCGACCUGCAGCGCGCGGGCGUGCCCCUGGUGCGCCUCGACGGUUCCAUGGGGCACGAGCAGCGUGUCCAGGCCCUGCAGGACUUCGCCCACCACGGCCACGUCCAGGUGUUCCUCUGCAGCCUCAGGGCCGCGGGCACUGGCCUGAACCUGACCGCGGCGGACCACGUGAUCCUCUUGGACCCGUGGUGGAACCCGUCCGUGGAAGACCAGGCCAUCGAUAGGGUGCACCGCUUGGGGCAGCAGCGGCCUGUCCGGGCCCUGCGCUUUGUCGCGGAACGUUCGGUGGAGGAGCGGAUGUUGGAUGUGCACCUUCAGAAGCGCCAGAUCAUGGAGGGCGCGCUGGCGAAGAAGACGCGCGCGGAGCUGCAAGGCAUGCGCCUUCAGAUGGUCGCGUCGCUCUUCGAGCCCCUCUGA